AGUGUCUGCCUGGGCAGUGCUCGCCUGUGAUUGGUCAGACGGGGGUUCUGUUCCGCGUGAGAAUGCUGCACACAUAAUAAUGGGCUCUGAAAGGUCUUUGUCUGACACAGAAGAGCUCGCGGAUUUAACCAGCACCAUUGAAUCAGGAUGGACCGGCACAAACGAGCGCACGUUCAUCGCAGUGAAGCCAGACGGAGUCCAGCGCAGGCUGGUCGGUGAAAUCAUCCGCCGCUUUGAGCGCAAGGGUUUCAAACUGGUCGGCAUGAAGCUCCUGCAGGCAUCAGAGGAGCAGCUCAGACAGCACUACAGAGACCUGAGGGAGAAGCCUUUCUACAGCGGCUUGGUCAAAUACAUGAGCUCUGGGCCCAUUGUUGCAAUGGUAUGGCAAGGGCUGGAUGUGGUCAAGACUGCCAGAAAGAUGCUUGGAGAGACCAACCCAGCAGACUCUCUCCCAGGCACUAUCAGAGGAGACUAUUGUGUUGAAGUGGGCAGGAAUGUGAUUCACGGCAGUGAUUCAGUUGAAAGUGCUCAGAGAGAGAUCUCACUGUGGUUCAAGCAUCAUGAGUUGUUCUGCUGGGAAGAGUGUAAUGAGCACUGGAUCUAUGCUUGAAACCAGUCGUAUAACACUCACACAGUCUUCAGUACAUACAGCUUCUGCAGCUUCAUCCGCUCCUUACAGAGAAAACUCUGCCCAAGCCAUAAAGUGACCAAGAAAAUGUAAAAAGAAAAGCUAGCUAGGUAUGUUGACAGAGUAACCUGCAUUUGUUUGGAUUGCCUGAAAUCCAGUUAUUGGUCAAGCUAUGUUGAAUGUAAUGGUUUUCUUACUGCUUUCUUUGCAAAUGUUAAAUCUUCACAGAUAUUCACUUCAUUACUAAUCUUUAGUAAGUCAUGCACUACUCGAAGAUGAUUUAUUUGAGGUGUUGAAAGAUGUUGUUUACAUUUUUACCUCCAACUUUUAAUGUGGAAAUGCUUCUUGUCAUCUUGAUGCACUCUGUAAAAUACUUGUAUUCAUCAUGACCCAAAAGGAAAGCAAUAAUGAAUGAUAAAGAGCCAGCAUGCUCUGAAAAAUACUCACUUGAAUAUCCCUGAAAUGCUUUCUUAGUCUAGUGGUUGGAAGUCAGUUGACCAAAGGGCGCCUUACUUUACAAAUAAAUUAUUGCUUUCUUCA